CUGCUCUGCACCUGCUACUCGACUUUGAGGAGCUCGGAAGCUCUGUUCUCUUCCACAAAGACAAAGCAAAGGGAAUUCAAUCAGAGAGAAAAAAAAACGAUCAAGAUAGAGAGGAGGAGGAGAGGAAUAGGAGUGGCAUGGAAUUCAAACAUAAAUCAUUCAUACUUACAGAGCGGCGGUGAAUACUGGGGAAGACGAAGACAAGCUUCGUCGCCAGCGAUUGGGGAAGAGGAAGUCGAGCUUCGUGCCUUCGUCGGGCCUUCUGAUUCCUCCCCUUUUCCCGUAAUUGCCGCUAAAUUUGGUAGCGACCUCAAGAGGCCACUGCCGGCAAGGGAGUUGAGAAGGGAGGCUCUUUUUUGUUGGAUUGGGUAUGUUUGGCGAAGGCGAAGCUAGGGAUUACAACAAUUCGGGUUUUUGGGUCCCCGACGAAGCUAUAGUUUUAGCGAAGGGAUGGCGACUGCCUCGAGGACGAUGAUGGCGAUGCGGGAGUUGAGAAGGGAGGCUCUGAUUCACUGGGUUGGGUUCGUUUGUCAAAGGCGAAGCGGCAAAGGCUGGUCUGGCAUCUGGGAACUGGGAAGGCGAAUGUCCGAUAGAUUUUCUUCUCCACCAACUCUGUGUUUUGCGUCACAAGUGAAGGUAUCCUGUUUAACCGGAAUACCACUGUUAUACCGAAGCCUCCUAUACCGCUGCCGACAACCGAGUUUCCCGAUUAACAGUAUAACCGAUAACCGGUUAAACCAUUAACCGGGAAACCGAUUGGCAGUCUGCAAACUAUUAUUAAAUGCACUCAGAGCGCUCACACAUGACUCAAUUACUCGAACAUAGCAUUAAUGAUUUAAACUUGAUUUUCCUAAUUGGGGAAAUGUCUUCAACUUAUCUCUCCAUGUGCUUUUCUUGAUUACCUACGUUGGGUUUGCAUGAGAUGGUUGUG